ACAUUUUAAUAUAUGCACCUCGAGCACAGGAAAUGAAGAAGCGUAUGUCAUUAACAUUAGAAUAAACAUUGAUGUGUUGUGUUUGACACUAUAUGCAUCUUUAAUUUAGCUAAGUUUGCACAUACACGAGUGAAUAAUCUGUGCUGAAGUGUGGUCACUGCCCUCGGACGUGUCCGCCUACUGAAUGGGGCAAAGUGGAAGAACUCCUGAAAUCCAGCACUUCCAGCUCCGCCAUAUGCGUGUUGGUCUUUCUUGACUUCUGUCUAAUUCGACAUGAAUGAGUUUAAGCUGUGUGUUUUUGUGACCUGCAUCUCUGUACUGUCCUGAUGGCCACCAAGCUGCUGGACAGACUUCGUCGCUCGCUUUUCAAAGAAGGAGAGCUUCAGGUGGACACCGAUGACACUGAUGACUUUCCAGAAAGCUCGGAACUUGAGGAUGACACUGACAAUAUUUCAGCAAGGCUUAGUGGGACACUCUGCUUUGACGGUGAUGGUGUUCUGGAUUCAGAAGAUGCAGGCGAAACAUCUGACCCAGACAGUGAUUCGGACUGCUUCACAGAGUCCAUAGAUAACGCAUGCAGCAGCACAGAUAUAAGCCCCACUAGCCCGACUCUGAAGGGCUCCAGCAUGCUCACCCGACAGCUACAGGAGAGCUGGAAAAAUCUGCGUGCUCGCUGUGUGUUGGAAAAGCUUCUUUUUGAAGUGACUGAUGCUAGCGUAGUGCAAGAGGCAAACUCCAAAUAUGUGCUUUACACAAUUCAUAUCAUCCAGUCUGGCACAUUUGACAAAGCCCCUGCAGUCAUUGCACGUCGCUACACCGAUUUUGAGCGGCUUCACCAUCUCCUGCGCAGGCAUCACAGAGAAGCAAUGGAAGGAGUCCACUUUCCACGCAAGAAGCUGCGCCGAAAUUUUGCGGCCGAAACCAUUGGCAAGAGGAGCCGUUCUUUCGAACAGUAUCUCUCACACCUGCACUCACUCACUGAAGUGCGAGCUUCACCUGCUUUCCUGGAAUUCUUUUACCUGGGAGAGCUGCGCAGAGGGCUGAUGCUGGUGUGUUCUGGUCGCUACGAGGAAGCGCUGAGCACUCUUGUUAACGCACUGCGCCUCCAGGAGAAACUGGACUCACCACACAAAAUUCACCAACUCUUCACACACUCUGCGGUGGCGAGUUGCUACCAAGAGCUAGAGAGGCUGAGCGAGGCACAGGAGCACUGUGAGCAAGCUCUCAACAAACUGGUUCCCUCAAUAGACCUGCAAAAGACACAGCAAAAAUUCCACCCAUUGCUUGUGCCGCUUCUGCAGACCAAUGUCCGGCUGUGCUGGAAGAUUUCCAAGGACAAGCGACGCUGGGAGGCGCUACUGCUUGAGAUCCAAGCGCUCGGUAUUGAUGUUGAGAAUCAGCCUGAUUUGAAGGAGUGUAUAGUUAAAGAGAACCUUUUAGAAAGUGAGGGAUAGUUCAGGUCAAACUCAUGUAGAGCAUUUUAACACUGAUGAUAGACAGUGUUGAUAGACAGAAUGCAAACUGAGGGAUUCAUUAAUUUGCAGAGAAUAAUCACUAUUUUUUAUCAUGUUCUGCACACUAGUAAGUAGUCACUACAUUCGUCUGAGUUUAUGCAGUGAAUUAAAAAUUGAAAUGGUUCAAGCACAGCCUUAGUAAAAAUCUAUUUAUAUGGAGUAUGAUAUUUUUAUUUUUAUAUUGUACCAAAAUUUUAUUGGGUGCAAAAUAAAGUGCAGUACAAUGUUACAUGAAUGCACACAAUUCAAAUGCAAUAAGGGAAAUAUGUCCAUAGAGAACUUUAAUAUUUACUGAAUGGUUUUUGCCGUUUUUACUCACUAAUUUCCUACUAAUUUCUACUAUAAUUGAGCUAUUACUUCACAGAAAUAUACACUUUAUUGUUUUAUGCUUCAAACUUUAGAUGUUUUUGUGGAUUUCUCUUCAUUAUUGAGAUAAAAAUGAAUUUAUGGUAGUGUUAACUCUAAAUGUAUUGGCAGUUGCAUUUCUAUAGUGAAUCCUUGCAAUCUAUACUUAAUUCAUGUGGUUAAAGAACUGUUGGCUGACAUUUUUUGCAAUAUUUUAUGUACAGUAGAUGUUUUUAAAGAAAUAUUUCAACUAACUGGCACAUAUGCACUAUAUUAUCCUCACCACAAACAACAUUUUGUUUUAUUUAUUAUUAGUAGUAUUUUUUUAAACAAAUGGCUGUAAAUGUUUAAGGCAAAAAGGGAAACAGUCAAAUUCAUGCACUCCUUUUUCAGCCACUUUUAGUUUAUAUAAGACAUGUGAAUGAAUUCCUUUUCUAUUUUCAUUCUAAUAAAAUACAUUUCAUCUGCA